AUGGGGUCUGUGAAGUCUUAUCGUACGUUCAUUAUAAUUUUAUUGUCAUUUUUUCUGGUGGAAAUCAAAGGAAAUGUCUCUAAUUGCAAGUAUACAAAUACAUCGAUUUUUGGUUAUGAAGUUUUGCCCGGAAAUGGAUGGGAUAAUCUCCGAAAUGAAGUAAGGGGUCGAGUUGUCCUUCGCAACUACAGUACGUGUCAAAUCACCGAUGAUGGUCGAUACCUGCUACCAGAUGGAGUUUUUGCAAUUCCCUUGAAGUCUAGUCAAGUUGAACUUUACUCCCAACUCAUUGAAAAUUGGAAUAAUUUUACAUCAGAUACGUCUGCAAGUAUCAAUUUAGAUGGUUCAAUCACUAUUGAUGACCUUCCAAUCAACGGGAAAUUCUCAUUUGAAUUUCAGGCAGUAAAGGGUCAUCAAAUAAACGACGAUUCCGUAACAAUGAAAGUAAAAGCAAGGUAUGCUAGAUACUCAGCAAGACUUCAACCAGUGACAUCACUCGAUCCCGCUUUUAUGGAUCGCGUUUCCAGUAUUGCGCAACACAUACAGUUUAACCGAUCUGCCUCCGCCAAAUAUGAAAGUCAGCUUCUAGUGAGAGACUUUGGAACUCAUGUUGUUACAAGUAUAGAUGCUGGUGCAUCCAUCGUAAAGAUCGAUCACAUAAAUAGAAGUUUACUCCAAGACGCUUCAGUUGAUCGUUAUCAGCUAUCGCUAAUCGCGAGUUCCGAUCUUUUUCAUGGCAGUGGAUCAGCAACUGUGAACCCUGAUGCACUUCAGAAGUACUACAGUUCUCUCACGCAUUCAUCAGUCAGCACAUACGGCGGUCCCAUUUACAAACCCGUAAAUUUCAGUGUCAAUGACUGGGUGGAGGGGAUACAAGAUGAGCUGGUAGCCGUAGAUCGAGCUGGAGAUCCACUGCAUUUUCUCAUUCAACCGAAACUUUUCCCAAAUAUUCCCGUUUCGACAGUAUAUGAACUAGCUUCCCACGUUGAUCAAGCAAUCAAGGCCUACUACAAAUACAAUACACAUAAAGGUUGCACAGAUCGUGAUUCAGAAAAUUUCAAUUACUACGCCAACGUCGAUGAUGGAUCCUGCUCACACAACAUUUCAGGACUUGUUUUUGGUGGUAUGUUCCAACAAUGCAAUGAAUCAGGAGACAUUCCAAAUACCUGCCAAAGUUAUGAAAGCAAAAACCCUUUGACUGGUGACUUCACAUGUCCUGAAGGAUUUGACUUAAUACCACUUUUUACUGAUAAGCAAGCAUUUACUCAGGUGAAAAAAGUAUGUUCCAAGUAUAUGGUCUUUUGGUCUAAAUGUCACGAGGAAUCUGUCAGCGGAUUGGCAACAUUUACGUCUUACUGGUGUGCAGCAAAAGGACAAUUUGCAAUUCCAACUGGUUUUCUGUUUGGAGGCGUGUUCUCUGACUCAAUUGUCAAUUCAGUAACUCAACAGAAAACUUGUCCACCAUAUUUCAAUCCCAUUAAAACAGCCAAAGAAUUGAGUGUAUGUGUGACAAAUGAUUUUGAAAACGGAGAAAAAUAUGCCAUGCCAUUUGCCGGAUUCUUUAGCUGUCAGAAUGGAAAUCCACUCACAGGAGGGUUAGAUACAACUGUCAAUACUGUCAAAUCCUGUCCUCCUGGGUACAGCCAGCAUCUUGCCACAACACAAGACGAUUGUGAUUUAAUGUACUGCACAAGACCAAUCAAAAUACCCGCCAGUCCAUAUGUUCCUGUUCACAGUCCUCCUUUCAUGAAACAACCAUUGGAGACGAAUGCAACUUCAGACUUCUUAGUCAGCGAUGAUGGACAGCAAUGGACACAGCUCUACGUUGUGGACCCUGACUUUAACGGAUUCAAUGGAACUGUUUCCGGUUGGAUUGUAAACGAUGGUACAAACUUAAAUAUGGAGUCCCUGCUAGCAAUAAAACAAUCAUCACCAAACGCAGAUACAAAAGUACCCCCUCCCAAAGACUUGCUUGGUAAUGAGGACCCUACAUCAACUAAGGACACAGUUAAUUUUGGAGGUGUGUCUGAAAGGCAUCUUUCCUUCAUCGUCGGAUGUUCUAUUGCGGCUACUCUUUUCUGCGUUCUUUUUACGACGUUUAUGAUUGCCUUUGUCCUCAGAAGCAAACGCAAGAACAACUACCACAGAAUGGUAGAUGGUGAACUACAUUCAGUAAAACACUAG